GAAGAAAGCGUAGUUAGAGAACUGUUAAUCGUGUGAGCAGUUAGUAUUUACAAUGAAAAUCGCGAUAUUCCUUUUGGCCCUCGUUGGUUUGGCGACAGCCACACAAGUCGCUGAAACAUAUGCCGAUCGUUCGCUCUCGAGCACCGCUGUCAACGUUAUCGAGAACAUGCGUGAUCAGAUGCCUUGUGGUUUCCCUGGAGUCGGCAUUCCCCCACUUGCUCCACUCAAGAUUCCACACAAGGAAGUCAAUAUCGACACCGAGGCCUUGCAAUUACAGGGUGUUGUUGAAAACUUCCGUUUGAACGGUAUGGACGAUUUCGAUAUUGAUGAGAUGAAGAUCAAUGCGGUCACUAGCAAAGUGAACUUCCUUUUCACUUUCCGCAAUGUGAAUGUCGAUACAGAGUACGAUUUACGUUUGCUGUUGAAAAAAGCUGGCUUCACCAUCAACUUGGUCGGCAGUGGUCCAGCCAAGUUUGCUGUUAAAAACAUUAGUGUCAAGGGUGUUGUCAAGUACUCAUUGGGUCUACUGACCGGUAAAUUGAAGUUGAAGACCUUGGAAAUACGCACACACAUCGGCGAAGUUGAGUCCGACAUUGAGGGUAUCAUGGGUGAAGGUGACAUAAAUGAGAAGCUCAACGAAUAUUUGGCUGAAAUUGUCGAGGCGGCUGUUAAUGACAAUGAAGAUUUGAUUACCGAAACCAUCGAAUCUCUGGCUGUACCAAAGGUGAACAGUGCUUUAGGUGACAUGUCUUUGGCUGACAUGAUUGCUGCAGUGGGCGGUAAUAGCGAUGAGAAGGACAAGUGUAUACCACCUACUUACUAAAUAAUGUGAGGAGUAUAUUUCUUGUUUGAAAUAAAUUGUUUAUUUAAAAUAAAAGCUUUAUAAAUUACUGGAAA